GCCCCGACGCCCGGCCGCCGGCCAAUGGGCUGUUGGGAAAGAUCGAGUGUCACUAUAACACGAGGGUGCGCGGCCGCGGGUGGUCAGCGUGCCCCGGUGCCGUCCACAGCGAGCUCCAGCCCUCCGCCGCCUCCGCCCGCAGAACCCACCCGGCCCCACCAUGUCUGACGAGGAAGUUGAGCAGGUUGAGGAGCCCUACGAGGAGGAAGAGGAGGCCCAGGAGGAAGAAGUCCAGGAGGAAGCCCCUGAAGUUCAUGAGCCAGAGGAAGUCCAAGAAGAAGAGAAGCCGAGACCCAAACUCCCGACUGCUCCUAAGAUCCCGGAAGGGGAGAAAGUAGACUUUGAUGACAUCCAGAAGAAACGCCAGAACAAGGACCUCAUGGAGCUCCAGGCUCUCAUCGACAGCCACUUCGAGGCGCGGAAGAAGGAGGAGGAGGAGCUGAUCGCUCUCAAGGAGAGAAUCGAGAAGCGCCGGGCGGAGAGAGCUGAGCAGCAGAGGAUCCGUGCGGAGAAGGAGCGGGAACGCCAGAACCGGCUGGCGGAGGAGAAGGCCCGGCGGGAGGAGGAGGACGCCAAGAGGAGAGCCGAGGACGACCUCAAGAAGAAGAAGGCCCUGUCCUCCAUGGGCGCCAACUACAGCAGCUACCUGGCCAAGGCCGACCAGAAGAGAGGCAAGAAGCAGACGGCCCGGGAGAUGAAGAAGAAGAUCCUGGCCGAGAGACGGAAGCCGCUCAACAUCGACCACCUGAGCGACGACAAGCUGAGGGACAAGGCCAAGGAGCUCUGGGACACCCUGUACAAGCUGGAGACCGACAAGUUCGAGUACGGGGAGAAGCUGAAGCGCCAGCGCUACGACAUCAUGAAUGUCCGGGCCAGGGUGCAGAUGCUGGCCAAGUUCAGCAAGAAGGCCGGAACCCCGGCCAAAGGCAAGGUCGGCGGGCGCUGGAAGUAAGGGCGCCGAAGAGGCCCCCCAAGGCAGAGACCCUGGGCCCUCACUCCCGCCCAGGCCCCCGCGCGGAGCUCCUCGACCCCCAGCCCCCGUGCCGAGGCCCCUGCUGUGGCUCCGUGACAAUCCUGGGGGCCAAGGGGCCGCCCCGGAGCACCCCCUGCACCUCUGUCCUCGCUGUCCCUGUCCCCCGGGGUCUGUGAAUAAAGCCGCAGGCUCCCCUCCGC